AUGAAAUCACUCCGAUUUGAUGCAAUCCAAAAACUUUCCUCAAUUCUCUAUGAAUUCAUACCACUCUAUGUGGCCUUUAAUGAAUUGAAUAAUUUAAUGAAGGAUAUAAGGCCCUUCAUUCCAGAAUCCAUUACAAGACAAUCUGAUGAAGAAGUACUGGACUUGGAUGAAGAAGAACGGAGAAACAAGCAAAUGAUCGAAAUGAGAAAGAAAUUAAUGCCAAUUGCUAAGAAAAUUGCAGCUCAACAGAAACCAAUUACAAAGGUAAUAACGGUACAGAAAUCAAAAUCGAGAGUUGAUUUGAACACUCUCAAACCAAACAUUAAUGAGCAAAAGACAAACGAACAAAAACCAGUUGAAUCAAUAACUCCACAACAAAAACCACAACAACAAACGCCAAUGGCAAGUUCAUUAUUGGAUCCAAACUUGGAGGAGAGGCCAAACUCUGCAGUGGACAAAUUAAGGAACGCAGUUUCCAAGGCAGUUGCCAAAGCAACAAAACCAAGAAUCGAAGGUUCUCUCUCUUUGCAAAUCAAUGUCAACCUUCAUGAUAAUAUGUCUGAAGUUAGUAGUGUCUUUAAUUCUUCAAGAGAGUUUGGCUCCAACUUGGGAAGUGGAUUUUCACCUGAAUUUAAAAAAAAUUUUGGGUUAGGGUUGACUUCACACAUUACAACAAUAAUUAUUAUUCAAUUUAGAAACUUUGACGGAAAGAGUUAUCCAAAUACUGCAGAUUUAUUGUCAGUAUUUACAUUGCUUUUCCAAAAAGUCCAAAGCGUUAGCAGGCAAUUCAGAGGAAGAACGGCUAUCAUCACUCCAAAGGUUCUCAUGAUCAGUUUUGAAGUUGGUAAAAACGCGGAAAGAAAUGCCUUACUAUGUGCUCUUCAAUUAGAAAAACAAAUGCAAUCAGUCAAUACACAGCUCACAGAACAGGUAAAUCUUCCCCCAGUAGAAUUUGGAAUUGGUGUUUCGAGGUCUGAAUGUUUGGUGGGUAAUAUUGGUACGGCUGCUGUGAGAUAUUCUGCAUUGAUUGGAGCUUGUUCAAGCAAUGCAUUGCGAUUAGCUGCUCUGUGUGCAUACUUUGGUACUUCAAUUCUUACCGAUGAGUCGCUAACGCUUGCUCUUAACAUUGGUUUCAUUACACGUGCUGUCCACUUUAUGCACAAGAAAUCAAUCCUUGAUGAAAAAUUGUGCCUCGAUGAUGAUGAUGUGAAUAAGCAAACAAUUUUUCAAUUGUUGGGCGAGAGAAAGAUUUUGGAUGAUGAAUGGUUUUACGAAAUUCAACAACAAGAACAAAAUAACUUGUAUAAGGAAUUCGAUCAAGCAUUUGAAUUAUUGAGAGGAGAUGUUAACAUGACCUUGUUGAAAGAAAUAUGUGGAGUGUUUGAAGCCUAUUCAAGUAAGCAUCCAACUGAUAAGGUUGUUUCAUUGCUUUAUGCUCAAUUAUCAAAAUAUUUACAAUAUGAUGCUGAAGAAGUUGUGGAAGCAAUAAGAGCCUUUAGUUUAGAAAAGACCGAUAUCCCACUUCACACUGAUCCAUCAUUCAUUCUUUAA